CACUACUAUUGAUAAUGUCGUACAUUUGUUGUAUUCUUCACAGGCUUAGACAUAAAAAAAUCUGUAUACCUCACCUUUGUUCACACGUCUUUUCCGAAUGACUUUGGGUUCGAUUUGUGUUUUUUAUUGUUGUUCUUUUUCUAGUUUAUGGGUAGUGUUUUACUAAUUCGUUCUAGUGUAAAUGAUCCUAAAGCUAUUCUAACAGUCCCGUACAUUGAUUUCGCAAGCAACGAUGCCCUCGUAUGAAAUUUGAAAUCGGACCUUUCGAAAUUCGGUAUCAUUAUGAAAUUGAUUAACGAUCCGUGUGGCGUAUUUUGCAUAGUAUUCACGUACGUUUCAAUCGUGUACGCCGACUACGUAGUGAUAAAAUGGGUCGUUUUGCAUACCAUGCAAGACAGGUGUGUAAAAUUUUAAUUACAUGUUUAUUUUAUUACAAUCCGACAUUCCGACAAUUGUUUAUUGUAGUAGUUAUUGAUAAUUAUAAUACACUAUUUUGUAUAAUAUCCAUUUCAUUUUUACAGGUCAAUAUAGCAAAUGCCUCUUCGCUUUUAUUUAAACUUGUACUUUUUAAAAUAAACGAGUACCUAUAUUUUUAUGCUAGGCCCCUACCUGCUCUGGAUAUUUGUAUAAGUGGGUUGCUGAAGGAUUAUUAAAACCAAUAUGAGAAUUUUGUUUACAAUUGUUUAAUUAAUGUUUGUUUUUUUUCUAGUUUAUGGGCUCCAUUUCAUAUCGUACUAUUCAAUACGUUCCUUUUACUAUUGACGGUAUCACAUUUACGUGCAAUGUGUUCUGAUCCUGGAACUGUUCCCAUACCGCACUCCACCGACACAUUAUGCGACUUGCGACAAGGUACCUAAAAUAAGUUGAUCUCAAAUACAAAUCCUGUUAAUUUUCUAAACGGUAAAUCACCAAUUAAUAUUGUGUUCACCGGAUCCCAGAAUUCUAUAAUUUUCCCAACGAUUACCAAGAUUUCCUAUAUGAUUUUCUGCAAGAUUUCCACGAUUACCAAACAUUUGUACACUGAUUUCCAUUAGUGACUUACACUCUGUAUUUUUCUGUAUAUUACUAUUAUUUAUCCAUUAUGUAUGAUAAUAUUAUCAAUUUACAUAGUGUAUAUACUUAAAUAUAGUAAAUGAACCUUUAGUGAAAAGAGAAGAUUGGACUUUGUGUACAAGAUGUGAAACAUAUCGACCACCACGAGCCCAUCACUGUCGAAUUUGCAAACGAUGUGUCAGAAGAAUGGACCACCAUUGUCCAUGGUAAAAACACUCUAAAUACAUAUUAUUUUAUAUAGAUGUUAAAAUAUGUAUUGUUUUGUUUAGGAUUAACAAUUGUGUUGGAGAAAAAAAUCAAAAAUAUUUCGUACAAUUUCUUUUUCUGGUUUGCAUUCUGUCCGCGUACACCAUUAUAUUGGUGAUCAUGUCUUGGGUACGGGAAUGUCAUAAAUGUAAACUGUACGACAUGGAAAUGAGAGAAAGACAAGUGUAAGUUCUACAUUUUAUUUUUAAAAGAUUUUACACAGCUGUAUUUUAUUUGGUGCGCUAAAAAUGAUUUUUUAUAUUAUUGUACUAUCGUAAAUGACUAGAGUAAAAUCAAAUAAUAUUUUAUGUUUAUCUUAUUUAGCAUACAUACAGUACUUUUAAUCAUGGAGAGUGCUAUGUUUGGUAUGUUUGUUGUUGCAAUUUUGUAUGAUCAAAUGGACGCUAUUUACACCGAUCAGACAACACUUGAACAAACAGUCUACAAACGUUCAAAUCCAUUACACAGAUACAUAUUUUCUUCUAUUUGCAGAUGGCCAAAAAUAUCCAGAUCUAUGUCUAAACUCAAUAUAAGAUCUGUAUAGUUUGUAUUUUGUUCAUUUGUGAAUUUUUUUUUUUAAAGACGAGUUAAUUCCAUAAAUAUUG